AUGAGGUACUUUCAGUGUUGGUUAUUAAGGAACAAAAACCAGGUCAGAUCUACAAUAGUCAUUGUAGGAAGCAUUAACAUUAUUUUUUUAUUCUACCAACAUAUUUCCUAAACCUAAAGACCCACGACUCUUCUAGUAUUCAAAUCAAAGUGUAUUGGUCGCUUACACAGAUUAGAUAGUAGAAGUAUGACUAAAGGUAGAAAAUAAUGUAUUUAGCCUUUACAUUGGCUGCAUUAAUGUAAAGCCCUAAACCAUUUACAAUUGUCUGUCCCCACUCCCGAGGCUGCCAUCCAGUCCCAGCUAGACGGGGUACGUACAGGUGUCAGUCAUAUAUCCAAAAGCCUGUUGAUUUGAAUUGCUUAUUCAGUGGCCCUCUCCUUCUACCUGGAUAUGUGAGUCUGGUCGAGGCUCUGAGUGUUCCAGUGGAGGAGCGCAGCCAGGGAACAGUGCCCUCCAGAUGCUUACUCAUGGACCUGAACACCGGCCUGAUCAAGAAACACGUCAGCGAGAUGGACAGGAGGGUGACACAAGGUAAGGAUGAAUGAUAGAAACGUUAAGGUCAUUUUCCGGACAUUUUGAAUAAAGUUAUGUCCACUGCUGGAAGGCUCACUCUCUCUCCCUGAUUCUCUCCUCUCUCCAGUGUACACUCGUUCCUCUGUGGACGAGUUCCGACAGGGAACCGAGAACUCCCAGAAAACUCUGGUGGACAUCAGGAGCGGACACAUCACCAAGCCUGUCGGAGCGAUGGAGAGGACUGGAGGCAAAGCAUCAACACCGUUGAAUCCUGAGGGAUGUAAAAUAUGCUGGGAUGCAACACAGUCAGCUUGCCUCAGCCGUGGAGAACCUGAAGAAUAUAUUUUAAGAUGCCACUUGAUUGGGAACUAUUAUUGUUGGCUUGCAUUGCAUUUGUUGUGACACUGUAUGACAGGCCUCUUCAACCCUGUUCCUGGAGAGUUACCUAAUUAUUAUCUGGUUGAUAAGCUAAAUCAGAGACAGUACCUUCAGAAAGUAUUCACAGCCCUUGACUUUUUCCACACUUUGUUGUGUUACAGCCUGAAUUUAAAAUAGAUUAAAUUGAGAUGUUUUGGUCACUGGGCUACACACAAUAUACCCCAUAAUGUCAAACUGGAAUUAUGUUUUUUGAAAUUAUUACAAAUUAAUUAAAAUUAAAAGCUGAAAUGUCUUGAGUCAAUAAGUAUUCAACCCCUUUUUUAUGGCAAGCCUAAAUAAGUUCAGGAGUAAAGAUGUGCUUAACAAGUCACAUAAUAAGUUGCAUGGACUCACUGUGUGCAAUAAUAGUGUUUAACAUGAUUUAUUUAUGACUACCUCGUCUCUGUACCCCACACAUACAGCAGUGAAUUUCAAACAAGGAUUCAAUCAAAAAGACCAGGGAGGUUUUCCAAUGCCUCACAAAGAAGGGCACAUAUUGGUAGAUGGGUAAAAAAAAAAAAAAGCAGACAUUGAAUAUCCCUUUGAGCAUGGUGAAGUUAUUAAUUACACUUUGGAUGAUGUGUCACUACUAGUGGCGAUUUUAGCAUGUCAAUCUUGGUGGGGUAAAACAUUUGUUUUAGUUUUUUAGAUGUAUGCCAGCAAAGCCACAACACAACACUAAACAAUACAUUAAUUGCACUAUAACGGUGACAAACGGCGCCCACAAACUGUUAGGGCCUACAUAAAGCUGUCCCAACAGCAGAGUCCCAACAGCAGUCCCAACACCUUACCACUGCUACACCUGUCUAUCAGCAGAGCCUUGUCUGGCAGCGAAACAGUUCAUUCAGCCUGCCUUUUUAAAAAACAUAGCUGAUAUGGCUGACUUGCUUAAACAAAUGUGGUUUCUACUGACAAUUGAGAAGUACAAAAUAUGGCAUAAGGGGACGAUGAGCGGAUGAGAGGCAAUCUGUAAUUUCGAUUAAGACAUUAAUGAGCGAGCUAGGACAAACGAAGUCAAUAUAACUAUUUGUUCAGCACUUUUGAAAUGUACAGCGACAGAAUUCAGAACAUGGGCCGUUCUUACAGUAUUCUCCCUGUACACCAAGUCAGAAACGUAGGAUAAAUAAAGGGGGCAUAUAAGCAGACAAUGAUAGCUCUUACAAUAUUCGAUGAUUACAUUUCUCUUAAACAGGCUAUAGGCUACAUGUGCACCACCAAGUCAGAACAGUAGGCGAAAUUAAGAGGGGGAAAGGGACCAAAUUAUUAGGGUGAGGCACAUGGGCUACUAACAGCUUACUACACAACAUACAUGUAUUAUUACCUUCUUAGCUACAGUAUACAUAUCUCCCUGGCAUAUUACGUCAUUUAUGCAGCAGCAUACAAUACAUUUUUGGACUCACCUUGUUGUGCUGUGCUCACUUGAACAGGGAGGGGGCGCGGCGGUCCUUCGUGGGCAAAUUGUGUCAUCAAACUGGGUGGGGCAGCCAUAGUCUGCUUUCAAGACAACUGGGAACUCGGAAAAAAACAAGGUUGAAUCAUGAUGACGUCAGUGAUCUUCAGGUCGGAGCUCCGGAAAAGAGGCCAGAGUUUCCGACUUGCAAUUAAAAGUUGGAUGACCAUUCAAAAUGUUCCCAGUUGGAGCUCGUUUUUUUCAGAGUUCCCAGUUGUCUUGAACUCACUGAAGUCAGAUUUCCCAGUUCUGAGUUUCCAGUUGUUUUGAGCAUGGCAUAAAUCAUGCUGGAUUGACAGCAUGGCCAAUGUUGAAUGUUUAUCCUUUUAAACUUGGAAAAGAGACCCUUAAACCCAGACUUGGAUUUCACACCCACUCCACUGAAUAGCAGGCUAGUGAUUGCUUUGCAAUGCUUGCAGUUAGCCACUGAUUCCUUCCAAACCACUCAUUGUUGAAUUUGCCAUUUUGUUAAGUCAAUUAUUUAACAAACUAUUUCAGUGUCUCUGUGCGUCUCCCAAAAGGUUGUAAGUCUUUUGGGAUUUAAGUAACGGACAGAGUCCCGGUCUGCAUAGUCAGAGAUUUAUUAAUUGAGAAUUCUAUCAUCACAAUUUCAGAGUCCAUCUUUUAUACUCAUAGCUCUCCUGACCAUCAGUUCAUACACACACACACACAUACACACACACACACACACACACACACACACACACACACACAUGCAUACACACACACAUACAUACACACACAUGCAUUCCUUAGUUAUCGCCGUCCUCAUACUCCUUAAAAAGCCUAACCGUUUCUCUCCUCCCUAAAUUGGGAGGCCUCUUUAUCUUGGUUUCUCAGUUGUCUGUAGACAGUUCUCCUUGUCCUAUGUUGUCUGGUCUAACUCGUACUCACAUUGCUAAAUAGUAGCUCAAUGUCAUAGUCUUUACUGGUCCUACACUCACACAUUACCAGGUAGUAGAUUCUAACACAUCUCACACAGUUUCAGAGUGUAAUAAUUAGUCAUUAAUAAUUAAUCCAUCAAUCCACCCUUUGACUAAAUAUUACACACAUACUCACAAAAUAUAUGUUGUUAUAGAAAUGAAUCACACACAUUUAAGCAUAUAAGUUGAUUUGCAUAUAAAAACAUUAAAAAUUGUCUCAUUCAAUACAGGUUCAUCAGGGUUACCCCAUGAUUAAAAGUGUAACGUUACUUUUUAGCAAUGGUGCCUAACCUGUUUACCCCCUAUCUGGAAACAACAGUCUAAGCCUAUAGUGAAGAACAUUUGCUUCAUCACAUCCUGCAACAUCGGUUAACUAGUACAUCAUACUUAAAACAAGACUUUAAUACACAAAAGAUCAUUACAAUAACUUUUAAACUAGAGAUUUAUAGUUCUAGGAAAACAUCCAGUCUCAAACUAUCUGAAUCAUCGUCGUCCUCCACCAAGCAACACUACAACAAUAGUUUUCCAUUUACCAAACAUUUGAUCAAACCAACCAGUCAUUGAUGUAUUCACCCCCCAGUUCUCAGCCCAUUCUUUACUUAAUGCAGUGAGACCUGCCAGUGCUCUAGUUACUGUACCAUCUGGGGCUGUAUUGUUGGGGAUAAACAUACAACAAUGACCUCCCACCAUCUUGUAAAUCCGCCCUUCUCUGCUAAAAGCAUUUCGAGAACCAAACUAUUCUGCAGGUCAUGAGUGAGGUGGCGGAUAGUUGGCCUGAGAUUCUCUUCACUGCAUCCCUUGUCUAAUUAACGAACCUUUGUAGAUGUAAUUAAUCCAGUCAACAUUUGUAUCAAUUGUAACCCACCAGAAAAACUUUGUUGUAAACCCUUCUCCAAUUUGAUCUGUGAUUCGCAUUACUUUGGUGUCUAUAACAUUGAUAAUCUCUGGGGUUCAUGGUGAAUUGGGGUGCCUUAGUAUUAUCCUUUUUAAGAGUGGUUAUUUUAAUAUCAGAACAAUUAGGUGAGGUUUGGUUUGAUCCCAAAUCUAUCACACAAGAGAACAUGGUCUGAGGCAUAGGUGCAGUUACAAGGGUUGGCCUACCUGUUAAACAGGCAUAACAAUUAGUUUGACCCAACACCCUAGCUGUGUAGUUCAUCCACCUUACCCAGAAGUUGUCAUUUGAAAUCCCUUCUACUUCUCCUUGGUUCAUUUCCUGCAAGAUGAAAUAUUCUACCCUUGGUGGUUUAGUGCUAUUUAGGAUUCCUUCUGAGGGCCUUCCAAGGGGUAUUAGACUAUUUGUUGAUACCUCUGUUGAUAACAUUAGAUCUACCUGCUGUUCUGUCUCGGGGGUGGAAGAUUCAUUUCUCUCCUGAAAAAUGAACCUCAAACAUAUAUCUGCCCCGAAAUCAUCAACACAGGCCCAAUAGUUCCUUGCUAUGUCAUCUUGCAUAAUUGACUUUACCGUUAUCACCAGUUCCGUUUUACAUUUAUCAUGGGUUUGUUUAAUUCCCCAUCGGUGUGCUGCGUCCAUUCCAUUCUCAUAGUAUGUUCCCCAGGUAUGUUUAAACACCCUUGCCCAAGGACAUGAGCGUUCCCCAGUGCAAAUGUAUUUACCAUACCUUCUAGGACCUAACUUUCUUGUACACGCCCCCUUCUUACCAAAGCCCCCAAAACCUCCUAUCUCUUCAUGGGAGAAGUCGAAUGGUAUCUUGAAUCCCCCAUCUUGUCCUGAACUGACUUUAACUAUUAAAAUAAUCAUUCCCCCAAUAGUCUUUCUUGGUUUCAGUAUUUCUACGAGAUCGAAUCAGUGCAUCAUUUCCCUGUUUAGGUUGACCUGGAUUAAUCCAUAAUAUGGUUAACAUGAUGAUGCAGCUCAGAGUCCCCCAAAAUCCCAAAAACCGCCAUCCCAAUCCUGUCCCUGACCCACCUUCCUGUUACUUCCCCAUACCCACACCUCUAUAACCACCCCACAGUGAUGAAAGGUCGGGGUAGGGUUUCUUCGUUAACAGAGUUUACCCCCGAACCCUAGUGGUUCAGUUCUUCUCUUUAACUCUGUGUGUGUUCAACAGUGUUGGUAUGUGGGCCUACCUUUUUGCAGUGGGUAACGUGGACCCAAGUGGCUCUCUCAGCUAUUCUUAUAGUGAAGGCAGUUACCAAUAGGACUUGGUAUGGUCCCUCCCAGCGUAGCCGCUUUCAAUCCUUUUUCCUCAACGAUUGGAUCCACACCCAGUCUCCAGGUUAUAUACUAUGAAUCACCUUCUCCUUUAAUUCUCCUGUAGGACACAAAUUCUUAGACAUACGGGUAUGGUUAACGAACAAUUUUCUCAUGUGUUCUGCUAGUGUACUCUCUAGUUCUAUGUCUGCCUGUUCUGGUCCUGCCAACUGUGGCAUUCUGUAAGGUCUUCCAAACACUUUCUCAAUGGGGGAUAACCCAUCUUUAUCUGGGGUUACUCUAAAUCUCUUCCCUUCACUCCGUGAUAACUCUAUAAAAUCCAUUUCCAAUUGCUGGAAGGGGUACUUAGCCGGAGGAUACUCACCCUGAGGUGCCCUUUGUCUGCCCUGGUGAUUAUUUUGAGCACAGAUAACACAUUUAUUCUCAUAAGAAAACAUAUAUACCCUAAACUGGAAUCACCCCUUUCUGUAUAGCUAGUCUUGACUAGUCCCCCAGAAUUAUCUCAUACUCUACGGAGGAAUUUAUCCCCACAAUGUAAUCUUGAUCAUUCCUGACAGUCUCAUACAACAGGAAUGGGUUCUCCCUCUUUUCUAUACAACCACCUGGAAUUAUUCAUAGAUGUGACUUUUGAGCAAAUAUUAGGUCUCACACGUAUACAACCUUACAUGAUUAUUGGUUAACACCAUCGGUAACCCGGAGUUUGUAAGGCUCCAGUUUCAUGAAACAGAUAGAGUUACGGCAAAAUCUACAGUUGUUUGUGACUUUUGACUUUACUAAUAUUCUAUUUCUCACACAUGCUAUUUUAAUUCCUUCUGGUGUACACCCCUCCCUGUACUUCUUUAUCCCGGAUUAUUUGUUGAACAUUACUGUUCUAUAAUCUACUACAGGUUCUCUGAAUACAGGGUAGUUUCUUUUGGUAAUGGCCUAUUACCGUGAAUCGUUACGGACCCACCCUGAGCAAUCCCAGACUGCCCCAAUUAAUGAAUAAAGACUACUGACCUUAUCCUUGCAGCCGAGAUUCAAUGUAGGUUUGGAUUCCGUCACCGUCUCUGUCAUUAAUCAGGUGUCCUCUGGCCUGUCUUAACCCUUAGGGUCAAAGGGCAGGACUUUCUAUUUACGAAUGUAUCAUUCGCCUGUCAACGGUUUUCAGAGUUACCUGGAAUGACAGAGGCAGGUAUUGGAUUCCGAGCUCGAAGGACCAAGCUGUUAAGUGAAUUAUUUAACAAACUAUUUCAGUGUCUCUGUGCGUCUCCCAAAAGGUUGUAAGUCUUUUGGGAUUUAAGUAACAGACAGAGUUCCGGUCUGCAUAGUCAGAGAUUUAUUAAUUGAGAAUUCUGCCAUCACAAUUUCAGAGUCCAUCUUUUAUACUCAUACGUCAUACAAAAAUCCCUCCCCUCUUUAGGCAGGCUGUAGUUUUCCACUUUAUAAUUGCUCUCCUGGCCAUCAGUUCACACACACACACACACACACACACACAUACACACACACAUACAUACACACACACACACACACACACACACACACACAUGCAUACACACACACAUACAUACACACACAUGCAUUCCUUAGUUAUUGCCGUCCUCAUACUCCUUAAAAAGCCUAACCGUUUCUCUCCUCCCUAAAUUGGGAGGCCUCUUUAUCUUGGUUUCUCAGUUGUCUGUAGACAGUUCUCCUUGUCCUUUGUUGUCUGGUCUAACUCUUACUCAUAUUGCUAAAUAGUAGCUCAAUGUCAUAGUCUUUACUGGUCCUACACUCACACAUUACCAGGUAGUAGAUUCUAACACAUCUCACACAGUUUCAGAGUGUAAUAAUUAGUCAUUAAUAAUUAAUCUAUCAGAUUUCCAACUUGUUAUGUAAUGUUUAUGUCCAAUGGCCGAUGAGCACCGAUUCGUUUUAUCUAUAAUUUCUCUUAAUUUUUAAAGGAUUAAAAAGGAUUUGCCAGUAGAUUGUCGACUUGAUUCAUAAUGAUGACUGCUAGCUUGCUAGCUAAGAUUUUGAAAGUAUGAUGUUGACAUGAUCAGUCCAAUCAAAGCUACUGUAGAUAUAACGUGAUUUGACAUCAUUUUAUCUGUGGCCAAUGACCUUGAGCCUUCUUGGAUGGGCACUUCUAAUGUAACUCUAUGGCAGCACCCAAGUGGCUUGAAUUUUCGAUCUCAACCUUAAGAUUUGGUGGGGACGUAGUGUCCCCAUGAGUGACAGAACACUGAGCAAAUCACGGCGCAACUAGAGAACAUUACCAACCCCUACGCUCCAUAUUUUCGGCUGGCUGCCCCACCACCACAGAAAGCACUGAGCUAGGCUGAAACACCUGCAAUUUGGAGCUGCCUUACUCGAGAAAGCAAAAAAGAGACCAUGUUUGUAUGCGGCUUUAUUAACUCACUGAUUUUUAUUUCAUAUUUUUUACAUUGUUUGCAAACUGAUAUGUGAAACGUGUUAAUGCCAAAAUAACAUGCAAAACAGGCAACCCAAGCUUUUUUUCAGCUCUGCCCCACCUGCCCUGAAUGAUGGGUUGCCACUGGUCACUACAAAGAUACAGGCGUCCUUCCUAACUCAGUUGCCUGGGAGGAAGGAAACCGCUCAGGGAUUUCAAUGGUGACUUUAAAACAGUUACAGAGUUUAUUGGCUGUGAAAAGAGAAAACUGAGGAUGGAUCAACAACAUUGUAGUUAAUUCACAAUACUAACCUAAAUCACAGUGAACAGAAGGAAGCCAGUACAGAAUAUGCUAAACAUGCAUCCUGUUUGCAAUAAGGCACUAAAGUAAAACUGCAAAACAUUUGGCAAAGAAAUGAACUUUAUGUCCUGAAUACAAAGCAUUAUGUUUGGGGCAAAUCCAACACAACACAUCACUGAGUACCACUCUUCAUAUUUUCAAGCAUGGUGGUUGCUGCACCAUGUUAUGGGUAUACUUGUCAUCGGCAAGGACUAGGGAGUUUUUUAGGAUAAAAAUUAAUGGAAUAGAGCUAAGCAUAGGCAAACUCCUAGAGGAAAACCUGGUUAAGUCUGCAACUACUUGUGAUGUAGUGAUUUGAAGGAGUCAGGCGCAGGAGGGUAAAUCACAGAAUAACAGGAUUUAUUCUGGAAUACAGAGUUACGCAAUAAAGUGACAAAACAGGAGCACUGAAACCAGGAAGGCACACGGGGAAAAUAACCCGGUGAUACAAAAUACAAGGAGCUCCACCGAGCUUCACUAAUAUCACAAUAUACAAUCACACUCAAAGACAAGGAGGCAGAGGGAACACUUAUACAGGUACUGAUGAGGGGAUAUGAACCAGGUGUGUGUAAUAAACAAGACAAAACAAAUGGAAUGAUGAGAUGAGGAGAGGCAGUGGCUAGAAGGCCGGUGACGACGAACGCCGAAGCCUGCCCGAACAAGGAGAGGAGGCAGCCUCGGAGGAAGUCGUGAGAGUACCCCCCCCCCCCCCCACCCCGCCUUGACGCGCAGCUCCAGCAGCGCGCCGAUACCGGCCUCUGGGACUACCAGGAGGACGCGGAGCAGGGCGAGCCGGAUGGCGACGGUGGAAAUCCUGCAACAGGGAGGGAUCGAGGAUAUCCCUGCACUGGGACCCAGCACCGCUCCUCCGGACCGUACCCCUGCCAAUCCACGAGGUACUGAAGCCCCCCACCCGACGCCUCGAAUCCAGGGUGGAACGGACGGAGUACUCUCUGGAGGGAGUAAUAACCUAUAAAUAACCUAUUUUAUUCUCCUCAGGACUUUGAACGGCCCCACAAACCGCGGGCUCAGCUUCCGGCAAGGCAGCCGGAGGGGCAGAUUCCGGGUCGAGAGCCAGACCCGAUCACCCAGUACGAAGACCGGGGACUCACUUCAGUGGCGGUCAGCGUUGGCCUUCUAGCGACGCACAGCACGUUGGAGGUGGACGUGGGCAGCGUCCCACGUCUCCUCCGCGCGCCGAAACCAGUAAUCCACCGCAGGAGCCUCGGUCUGGCUCUGAUACCACGGUGCCAGAACCGGCUGAUAACCUAAAACACAUUGAAAUGGCGUUAGGUUAGUGGAAGAGUGGCGGAGAGAGUUCUGGGCAUAUUCGGCCCAUGGCAAAAACACUGACCACUCCCCCAGCCGGUCCUGGCAGUAGGACCACAGGAACCUACCCACAUCCUAAUUCACCCAUUCUACCUACCCAUUAGACUCGGGGUAGGCCACCAGUACUUUCCGGUCAGGCAGCGCACUGUACGACCGAUACCUGGGUGACCAGAGGAGGGUGACGUGUGUGCCCAAUAGAUCAGACGGUCACAGACAAGAGAAGGCACGUACUGCAGCCCAGCUGGACACUGAGCUGGAGAUGGCUCUGUGCGUAACGCCCACACUAUGUCCGCGUCCAUCGCCCAUACUACCGGCGCCACAAUGCAGGAGGCCAGGAGUAUGGGGGUGUUGUCUAUGGGCCUCUCCUCUGGGUCGUACAGCCGUGACAGUGCGUCUGCCUUCACGUUCUUCAUACCCGGGAUGUAAGAUAGUGUAAAGUCAAACCAGGUGAAGAAUAGGGCCCACCUGGCCUGGCGAGGGUUCAGCCUCCUCGCUGCCAGGAUGUACUCCAGGUUACGGUGGUCUGUCCAGACGAGGAAAGGGUGUUUCGUCCCCUCGAGCGAGUGCCUCGGACAACAGCCAACAGCUCCCGAUCACCAACGUCGUAGUUCUGCUCCGCCGGGCUGAGCUUCUUGGAGAAGAAGGCACAGGGGCGGAGCUUGGGUGGCGUGCCCGAGCGUUGAGAUAGGACAGCGCCUAUCCCUACCUCGGACACAUCCACCUCCACUACGAACGGUAGUGAUGGAUCGGGAUGGGCCAAUACCGGGGCUGAGGUGAACAGAACCCUCAGGUUACUGAAGGCCCUGGAUAAACCUCCAAUAGUAGUUGGCAAAGCCAAUAAAGCGCUGCACCUCCUUUACUGUGGUUGGAGUCUGCCAAUUACGCACGGCUGAAAUGCGAUCUCCCUCCAUCUCCACACCUGAGGUGGUAAUGCGGUAUCCGAGGAAGGAGACGGACUGUUGGAAAAACAGACACUUUUCUGCCUUGGCAUAAAGGUCAUGUUCCAACAGUCGGGCCAGCACUUUGCGAACCAGGGACACAUGCUCGGCGCGCGUAGCGGAAUACACCAGAAUGUAAUCGAUGUAGACCACUACACCGCGACCAAGCAUGUCCCGAAACACCUAGUUCACAAAGGACUGGAAGAUGGAUGGAGCAUUCAUCAAACUGUAAGGCAUCACCAGGUAUUCGUAAUGCCCCAUGGUGGUGCUGAAUGCUGUCUUCCACUCGUCCCCCUCUCGGACACGCACCAGGUUGUAUGCACAACGGAGAUCUAAUUUUGUGAAGAAGGGCGCAACAUGCAUUGACUCGAUCACAGAUGGAAUGAGGGGUAGAGGAUAACUAUAACGUAUUGUCCCCUUGUUCAGUGCUCGGUAAUCAAUGCAAGGGCGCAGACCUCCGUCUUUCUUCUUCACAAAAAAGAAACUCGAGGAGGCGGGUGAAGUGGAGGGACGUAUGAACCCCUGGCGCAGGGACUCGGAGACGUAUGUCUCCAUAGCCUCUGUUUCAGCCUGCGACAGGGGAUACACAUGACUCCUGGGAGGCACAGUGUCUGGGGUUCACUGUUAGACAGUGUGGUGUCUGUAUAUCCCAGAAAUGUUACAUAUGCACAAAAAGCUUAUUUAUCUCAAGUUGUGUGCACAAAUGUGAUUGCAUCCCUGUUAGUGAGCAUUUAUCCUUUACCAAGAUAAUCCAUCCACCUGACAGUUGUGGCUUAUCAAGAAGUUGAAUAAGCAGCAUGAUCAUUACACCGGUGCAUUCAUCCGCCGCCAUCACCUCAUGUUUCAGCAUGAUAAUGCAUGGCCCCAUGUCGCAAGUAUCUGUACACAAUUCCUGGAAGCUGAAAAUGUUCCAGUUCUUCCAUGGCCUGCAUACUCACCAGACAUGUCACCCAUUGAGCAUGUUUGGGAUGCUCUGGAUUUAUGUGUAUGACAGCGUGUUCCAGCUCCCGCCACUAUCCAGCAACUUCGCACAGCCAUUGAAGUUGAGUGGUACAACAUUCCACAGGCCACAAUCAAAAGCCUGAUCAACUAUGCGAAGGAGAUGUGUCUCGCUGCAUGAGGCAAAUGGUGGUCACACUUUUCUGAUCCACACCCCUACCAUUUUUUUUUGUUAGUAUCUGUGACCAACAGAUGCAUAUCUGUAUUCCCAGUCAUGUGAAAUCCAUAGAUUAGGGUCUAAUUCAUUUAUUUAAAUUGACUGAUUUCCUUAUAUGAACUGUAACUCAGUCAAAUCUUUGAAAUUGUUGCAUGUUGCUUUUAUAGCUUUGUUCAGUAUAGUUAGGCAGUUGCUUCCAGCUAAAGUCCAAAUUAUUCACAUCUUCUCUCUCUCUCGUUUAGUCCCGUCCAUCUCAGAGCUGUGACCAACCCUCCUCUCAUGGGCCUAGGCCUGUGACUCCUCUCUCAGAGUGAAUAUGUGUGCUGUUGUGGAUGGGGCUCUGCUCCCUACUCUUUACCCUAUGAUUUGUUGUAUGAAUUGCUUUGAUCUGAGACCGUAGUUGAUGUUGUUCAACUCAAUAAGAUCAUGAGCUUAAAACUGUUUCUGAAUAUAAUCAUAUCACUUAAAUAUUUUGGUUCCAAAAGAGGGGUUUCGUAUUUUGCCUCAACACUGAACUUGGACGGUCAAUAUGGUGGGUAAAAUCUCUAAACAGAAGCACUGGUUUAAUUCAAACCCAGAGAAAGAGAAGCCCAUACCUUGUGCCAUCUCUUCAUGGUCCUCUUGUGCAGCCUCUAUGAGUGGAAUGUAUCCCUCAUCGUUGACCUCCUCCAGGUUGGCGCCCCACUCGAUCAGCAGGGCAGCCAGCUCUAUGUGUGCCCAUCAGGGUGCCAGUGUCAGGGGAGACUCAAACGAGUCAGCAGACAUAUUGACCUGUGACCCCCGCUGUCCAAUAACCGAGUUCGGCCUGAGUCCU